AUGGCAGGAAGAGAGUUUUCUAUGGUCCGUGAAGUUCCGAUGAUUAGACGAAAUAUGAGAAGUGGCGGCAUCCCUGAAUCUAGACGAGCUAUAGAGUUAACUGAGCUGCUAAAUGUAGAAAUUAGACCUGCUCAGGUUGUGCAAGGUCAUUCACCUUUCAAAAACUUGUUGAAGAGAUUUGAGAAUGAACUUAUUGUUGCCACUGGAAAGGGGGAUCCUGCUUUGGUGAUGUCUGAAUAUGGUUUCAAGAAAGUGGUCUCCUUGGAUGAGUAUGCAUCUUACUUUGAAAAAAUUGAUCCUGUGUCUCAGUACAAGACAUGGAAAACCAAGUUGGUAUUACAUGGGAUAGUCAUUCAGUUCAGAUCGAUUUGCAGAAUUAACCACAAAGCUCUAGAGUAUGUAACUUUUGGGAAGCCAAAUCCAUUUGUGUUCAAAAAUGCUGAAGCAAUUCUGAGCAAACUUCAGGCGUCCUGUUACGUUAAUCAUCUUGAUGAUGAUAGAAGUUCCAUGUCAAAUUCAUUCAAGACUCUUUACAUUAUUGGUGACAAUCCAGCAGUUGACAUCAAAGGUGCAAAACAGGCUGGGCAUCCUUGGUUUUCCAUCUUGACGAGGACAGGCGUCUUCCAGGGAGAAGACAAUCAUGCUGAGUUUCCAGCAGAUCUGGUUGUGAAUACAGUUGAAGAGGCAGUGGAGUACAUUCUUGAAAGGGAAUCCAUCUCCUAGUGCUCACUCCGCCCAUGCAUGCUCCUUUUAUAUUCAUUCAGCACUUGAUGUAGAAAUAUCUGACUGGUUGUUGAAGUAAGUAUCCUUAUUUUCAUAAUGUUUACUGGUAAAUUAAUUAAAACAAAUCUAGAUUUCAGAGAUGUUCUUAUUGAAUUCAAACAUUUUGAGAAAAUUUACAGUCUGAUCACAUAUGGUGUGGCCUUAUUUCAAUUCAAACCUUCUAUUAUUUUUUAUGACAAUUGAUUCCUUCGUCCCAGAACAUAGAAAAGUUACGGGACAUUAAUACUUCUCGAGAGUAGUAACUUCCAUACAUAUAUUUUAACUCAUGUUGAGAUAAUUCAAAGAAGAUGGCAACCUCGUGACCUGGAUAGGGAACAGUCUCUUGCUAUAGAGGAAUGGAUCUUAGCCACAUGAGAGGAAAAAAUAAUCUAGUCAUUGGCAUUGACCCAAGAAAGAAGAUAAUCUUGUCCAACAAUGCAGGGGGAGAACCUCUUGCUCAUCUUUCGACAAAAUAGAUAAAGAAUCUUGCCUUUUCUUUGAUAUUAUACAUUAUAUAAAUUUUUAUUUAUCUAUUUGUUUUUCACAUGAUGUAUCAAAUCUUCUACCAAAAAAUAAGA